AUGCAUCCUUUUACUAUGUUCAUCUAAUCUAUUUAUUUCACUAAAGCUUAGCGAUAUUUGACAAGGCUGAUAAAACAGAGUCGGGGUCAACUGUAGAAGAUACAUGUUUAUGUAAAUAGUGAGUGAAAGGGAAUAUAUUAGUGGAAAAUGUCUGAACAGCAGGAUUCUAAAUGGAAAGAGGAGUUUAAGAAAGAUGUCGUGUAUUUACACGUGAUUCCUAGAUCACGUGCACGUGAUGUGGUUAAUAUAUCUCCAUACGCCAUCAAACUUGAGCUAUGGCUGAGAAUAAACAAUAUACCAUUUGAGACGAUUGAUUGUCAAGCAUUCUCCAAAAAAGGUCAAAGUCCUUUUAUAAUGUUUAAUAAGGAAGAAAUACCUGACAGUAACUUUAUCAUCGAGUUCCUCAGUGAAUAUUUCAGCGUAGAUCGAUUUCCAGGAUUAAACACCACAGAGAAAGCAGUCGCACGUGCAUUCAUAAAAAUGGUCGAGGAAAAUACGUCAUGGCCAAUUUUCAUCUAUCGUUAUGUAGAGAACAUAGACGAAUACUCGGAAUACUUCUCACCAGAUCAGCCAGUAGAAGUUAGAAAACAAAUUCUGGGAAAACUACAAGAAUGGGUAGGUAAACGUGCACAUUGGUCACGGUAUAGGGCGUCAUUCUAGUGAAGAGGUUCAGAAAGUAGGCUGUGACGAACAUUCAGGCCAUUUCGG